AUGGAAGACCCUCCGCACAAGCGCAAGAGAAGCGUUUCUGAUGAUGAGGGAUACGAGCCGUCGUUUUCAGGAGCUUCUGAGUUGCCUGGAAAAUCUCUACCAGAGGUGCCUUCAGGAGGGUAUCAGCAGUCAGAGUCGUGGGCCAAGAGGCCUAGACGGGCCUUAUUGCCACGUGAGGUGGAGUUGGCCAAGAACAUUUGCGCUGAGAUUGGCAAAAUUGGCGAGUUUCCCCAACAGCUGUCUCUCGACCUGGAGAACGUGUCAAAUUCAAUCGCGCAGGAGAUCGACACCGAUGAUUUUUUGCGCAACUCGCUUCUCGAAUUCUUAGUGGCAUUGACGGUUGAACAGCCCCAAAAGGUGUUCAUUGUUGGUGCAUUGGUCCAGCUGACGAAUUUCAAAAACCCCAAAGCCGGUCAGUACGUUCUGGAGUAUUUGCAUUCGCAAAUACAGGACCUAUUCGAACAGAUUAAAGUUGCUAACGACGACGUGUUGGAAUCGAGCGAGUGCGGCGUGAUUACUAGACUCAAACUUCUUUUGCGUUUGGUGGCCGUACUGAGCCCAAUGAUGGUGUCUGCUGAUCCAAUCACAAAGACCUACGAGCAAUUGCUGGAGCUAGCCGUCGAGCUGCAAGAAAACUCUGCCCAGCGGGUUGCCGUUGCCCAGCUGCUCUAUUUCAACGUGCUAGUAUCUGUGCCGUAUCACUUUGCGGUGCAGAAAGAUGAGGGCUUUUGGGACCGUGUACUCGAAAUUGCACGCAAGUUUAAGCUCGUGGAUAUCUCUGAGGAAAUCCAGGCCAACUACAGACAUUUUAAGCCUUCUAACAGACCAUACGAAGCCAAGGAACUUGUGAAACUGACUCUUCCUGCCCUGGAAGCUGUCGACAAAGAGCUUCCCUUUUUCGUCGACUUACAGCAGAUUGUCAAGUCUCACGAGCCUGAGGACGUUGAGAGGCACCAGUUCCAGCACUUUAACAUUCCAUCUGGCGAGCAUUGGGCUUCGUACAAUUUGCGGGGCAAUAUCGAUUCUCUUUGGAAGGAUCCGCGCUAUGUCUUGGAGUGCUUCUUGCCUUCGGUCACUGGUUUCGAUACGGUUCCUCCAGUCGAGUCCUACCUUUCUAUAAUUUUGAGAGACGUGACUCAGGACAUUGUUCAGAACAUGGAGUUCAACCGCGUUACUGUUUCUAGACAACUUUUGUCACUGAAUGUGUUUUUCAACGAGAAAUUGUUCUCCAAACCUAACUCUUCCAUCGACAAACUCACGAUCCUCAACAAUCUCAACUCGGGCGUGGAUUUGAUUAGUAGCUUGGAGAAUAACGAGGAGCUCGAUCCACAGAUCAAAGAGUCUAUGAUUCAGUCCGCAACAUAUGUCCAACAAGAAUUUGACCAGGGCUACACCUCGACGUGGAAAAUGGAGCAGGUAGUCACCGAAGCCAUCUUGGACCUUAUGUUCCAUCUUUCAGAUGCGCCAAGCCCCACCGUGUACUACCAGAUGCUUCUGGCAGAUACAUGUGGAAGAGAUUGGGCGAAUGUGAGACGGGCGCCUGACUCGGAAGACAAGGUCACUUUUGCCAAAGUUUUAGGUACCGCUUUUCGGUACUUCUAUUCCAACUUCAAAUAUCUGGACUUUGAGCUUCGCGAGAGGUUUAUCCUCUGGAUGACUGCCCAACUCAGCAAUUUUGGGUUUGACUGGCAAUGGGCUGAAUGGAUCGACGAUCUCAAUACUUUGGACAAGCUAUUCUACCAUCCGACCAUAUACCUUUUCAGGAAUAUUAUUGGUAGAGAGAUACGACUUAGCACUCCCCAAACGGUUAAAGCCACUUUGCCCCCAGAGUUCCACCGCUUUUUGCGGCUCUCACUUUGGGACAAGAGACAGGUGGUUACCUUUGACAGCAAACUGUUCGGAUCAAAGCUCGCAGAGUCUGCAUACGAGGCCAAUUAUGCGGCCGAGGAGAAUAUAGAGGCGAUCACGGAGGAUGCGGGAAAUGCCGAUAUCUACCAUAUUGUGGACCAGUAUCUGUUCAACAACGAGGACCACCCGUACCAUGAGCUUUGUCAUAGUAUCUACACCAACAUUCAGGAAGGAGAGUCGUUGCAGCAGUUCAACGAUUUGAUUGUGCUCCUAAAGGAACAAAUAGCCAAGGAAUCUGCAGAACAUCCAGGAGCUGAAGAGUAUCUCAUUGGCAACAUCGACUGCUACAUUGUGACGCUUGUGAUCCAGUCCACAUGUAUCAUAGGUUCGCGCUCGCUAUCUGUGGUCGAAAGUGGCGCUUUGGAGCUUUGUGGGGCCAAGCUACGCAAGGUGCUUGGUCUUCCUGCAGCCGAAGGAGAGCACGAAGACUUGGAAAACGAUCAGUUUCCGCUGCUGAAGGCGGAAGAAGUCGCUGAACGUCAAAAAUGGCUAAUUGAUGGCGUUCUCCGCCUGUGGAACAACGAACCAAGAAUUGGCUACCUGAUUUUGGAAAGAAUUAAAAAUAAGGGAUUCAUCUCUACUACGCAGUUGGUGGACUCCUUUUUUGCUAACAAUGAGAGUUUGACUAUGAUUAGCCAGGUCUAUGCUAGUGAGCUUUUCGACCGGAUGGUGGCGAGCUCUGGGUCAGAGGCCGAGUCAAAAGACUUGUUACAGACGUUUUACAACAAGAUCAUCGAGCAUAUCGACCUUCUGAUCGAAAAGCUGGGCGACGAUCGCGAGGAAAUGAUCUUAGGCACUGUGGAGACAGAAGAAAGCGCAGAUCAAGACACCGAAUUACGCUGGGGUCUGCACGGGUGCUUUGAAAUAAUGCGCUCAAAAGCGCGGAAAUUCGCUAGCCUAACUAAUUUCGAACAGCUUGGCGAGAAGAUCGAAGGCGGAGUGCGGUCUGAGGUGGCUAGAAAAUAUGUGGCAGCGAUUGUUGACGGCAUUCGCACAUCGGCCAAUUAG